AAAAAAUGUUACAAAAAUUUCAGAGUGUCUACUAACUGGAAAAUAAUUGGGAAUUUAAAUUAGAAAAAAGAAAAAAAUUACUAGGGAAAAUUGGAAUUUUUCUUUCGUUGAAAGCUGGAAAAAUGAGAAAUAUUUUUUCAAUUUUAGAUCGAAGAAAAAGAAACGAAAGAAAAAAAUUAUGGAUACUGCAUUAUCAUUUUGUCAAGAGUGUGAUAAAAAAUUUUCAUCAAAUUCCGCUCUAAUGAGACAUAUAAGAGAUGUACACGAGGGAUUAAAACGAUAUGAAUGUGAAAUUUGUGGACGACCAUUUGCAUCGCGUUUAUGUCGUGAUGAACAUCGUUUAACGCACACGGGUGAAAGGCCAAAUAUUUGUGAAAUUUGUGGUAAAACAUUUACACAAAAGGCAUCGCUACAUGUACAUAAACGUUUUCAUUCGGAUAAAUUGACACAUUGGUGUAAUGAAUGUGGACGUGGUUUUAAACGUAAUCAGGAAUUAAAGAAACAUCAAUUAAUACACAGUGGAGAGAAGCCAUUUGCAUGUGAUUUGUGUGGGAAAUGUUUUCGUAGUAGGGGUUGCAUUAGUCGACAUAAAAAAACGCACAGUGAACAAAAAUUAUUUAGUUGCGAUUUAUGUGGAGCGAAUUUUGCACAGGAUCGUUAUAUGAAAACACAUCGAAUUCUUAAGCAUAAAUUGAAAAAGAAAAAUUGAUUGAAAAAAAAAAUGUGAAUUUUUUUUUUGUUUUAUGGGUGAAAAUUUGCUUCAGGUUAAAUAAUAAAAAAAAAUGCGAAUAUUUUUUACAGUUAAAAAUAUUGCAGGCCUUGGAUUAUGGGAUUUUUUUUCAAAUUUUUCUGACUUUUGUUUUCAAAAAAAUACGACUUUUUGACUUAUUUUAAUAAGAUGCGCAGAACUUUUUGUUUUUACAAAAUUUUGAAACAA